AUGAGGCUGAUUCUGCUGAGCCUCAGGCUGCUGUGCCUGGCCUGCCUGUGGCCCGUCACCCUGCUCAACAACCGCUACCCCAACCGCAAGAAGAACAAGGACGUAUACCUGGAAGAGCAUGCCAAGCAUAAAUAUGGAGGCCGGAUUGACUACAAGGUCAAGAAGCAGGACAGCACAAAGUCCCUCCUCAUCAAGACUGAGCAGCUGCUGAGGAUCGAGGAACAUGACUUUGCCAUGCGGCCUGGCUUUGGAGGUUCUGCCAUUCCUGUGGGCAUAGAUGUGCAGGUGGAGAGUUUGGACAGCAUCUCAGAGGUCAACAUGGACUUUACUAUGACCCUCUACCUGCGACACUACUGGAAGGACGAGCGGCUGGCCUUCCCCUCUGGAAACAACCUGAGCCGCACCUUCGACGCCCGGCUAGUGAAGAAGAUCUGGGUCCCGGACGUCUUCUUUGUCCACUCAAAGCGCUCCUUCAUUCACGACACCACCAUGGAGAACAUCAUGCUGAGGGUCUAUCCUGAUGGCAACAUUCUCUACAGUGUCAGGAUAACAGUGACCGCUCUGUGCACCAUGGACUUCAGCAGUUUUCCUCUGGACACCCAGAACUGCUCUUUGGAGCUGGAGAGCUAUGCUUAUAAUGAGAACGACCUCAUGCUGUACUGGAAGAACGGGAAUGACUCUCUCAGAACAGAUGAGAUCGUUCUCUCACAGUUCUUCAUUGAAGAGUUUAACCCGUCCAGUGGACUGGCCUUCUACAGCAGCACAGGCUGGUAUAACAGGCUGUACAUCAACUUCAUCCUCAGGAGACACGUUUUCUUCUUUAUGCUGCAGACCUACUUCCCCACAAUGCUGAUGGUCGUCCUCUCCUGGGUGUCCUUCUGGAUCGACAGGCGGGCCGUACCUGCCCGCGUCUCACUUGGAAUCACCACAGUGUUGACCAUGUCCACUAUCAUAACGGGCGUGUCAGCGUCCAUGCCCCAGGUGUCCUACGUGAAAGCAGUGGACAUUUACUUGUGGGCCAGCUUCCUGUUUGUCUUCCUGUCGGUCAUCGAGUAUGCUGCGGUCAACUACUUCACCACUGUGGAGGAGAUGAAGAAACUGAAGAAGGGAAAGCUUUCAGAAUUUGAUGCAUCUCAGGCCAUGGCUUUCGAUGGCUGCUUCCAUGACACGGACGUAGAGCUGAGCCCCUUCCCCCCGCUGGCUGACCUCAGCCUGGAUCAGCAGGCUUCCUCACAAAGCUCCACAGUGCCUGCCCCCCCUCCGGUGCUGGGCACACGGCUGCGGCGCUCGCGGCCACUGCGUUACCAUCUCCAGCUGCUCGUGAGCAACAGCUACAUCAUCGACUCCUACUCCAGAAUCCUGUUUCCUCUGGCCUACGUCCUCUUCAACAUCAUCUACUGGAGCAUCUACACUUGA